AUGACUAAGUUUUUUAAUAACACCAAGAUAGAAGAUAACUCCACAAAAGUUUUAUCCAAAGAAGUAACAAAGGUUGAUUUUUGUUUUACUUACCGGCCGAAUGCUCAUGAGUAUACUAAUAUUCAUAGGCAUAUCGCAGGAAUGGGGCUUUCAAAUGCUCUUUCAGUAGUUAACAACGCUAAAUUAGCAAAAGUAUUUUCGGAGGAGGUUGAUGACUACAAAUUAGAACUGACAGAAAUUAUGAAAAGUGCUAAUAAUGAAAAUAAGGCCAAUGAAGAGUUAAAAAAGCAAAUCACAGAAUUAGAGAAUAAUAAUAACCUCUAG